AUGGAGGACUUUGAUGAUGGAGACAGUGAUUUCCAAGGCAGCGAUUGCAGCACCAGAAAGGGUAGUGAGGAUGCAAUACCCUCCUGCCGCAGAUCCCUCCGCUUUCAACCUCCACCUGCCACUCCUUCAUGUAAAAAGAGAGGGAAAGAGUUUAACUAUGUGUUCACUGCCGAUGAAUACUUCCGGUCACAGUCCGACAAGUGCGUAACGUCGGACCACAACCUGAAGCGUCUCAAGAGUUCCCACACACACCUCCCCGCCCUCAGUCUCCCCAUACUCUGCCCCUCUCACCAGCAUGCGCUGGCCUCGCGGAGAGCAGGCGACAUGCACAUGUUCCAACGCUGGAUGUUUGCGCUCAGCCAAGGAUUUAGUAUUCUCGCUUAUGGACUUGGCUCCAAGUACAAAAUACUGCAAAAGUUUCACAAAGAAAUGCUGUCUAAUAGCCAUGUUGUUGUCGUGAAUGGUUUCUUCCCUAGUAUCAACAUAAAAGAGAUAGUGGAUAUGAUAGCUCGAGACUUGCUCGGGUUGACGUAUGUGCUGCCAUCCGCACAUGCCACAGUCGACUGGAUAGAGAGCCGACGGUGGACGCCUCGUGUGUUCCUGCUUGUACACAACCUGGAUGCAGAAAUGUUGCGCUGCGACAAGACUCAACGUGUUCUGUCUCGCCUUGCCAGCCUGCAGAGGGUGCAUCUCAUUGCUUCCGUUGAUCACAUAAACUGUCCGCUCUUGUGGGACCAGGGCAAGUUGAGUGGCUACAACUUCAUGUGGGAGGAUGUGACGACGCUGCUGCCGUACGUGGAGGAGACCAGCUACGAGACGUCUCUGAUGGCGGCAGAACAUGUGUACCGCUCACACCCCACCCCACAAUUCGCGCGGCGUAUUCCGCAUCAUCCUGGAGAAAACACCUGGGACGCCAACAGCCAGAAAUACACAGGAAUGGCAUUCAGUGAGCUGUACGGCCGGUGUCGGGAAGAGAUGUUGGUGACGAGUGACCUUGCGCUGCGUACAAUGCUCACAGAGUUCCUCGACCAUCAGAUGGUCAAGUGGCGUAGAGACGAGCACCUGUACAUCCCGACAGACCUUAGUGUACUGCGGCAGUUCCACUCUCAGAUACAGGACAGCUAGCAACAGUUUUAUGACAUGCUCUGGUAUAAUCAGAAAGCAGUCAAUUUUCUGUAGAUAACGAUCUCAGUUUGCUGGUUUUAUUUAUUUACAUGUACAGUAAUACUUUGGCAGUUUCUGCUGUUUUAAGUGUAUCCUUUAAUUUAUUUAUAUCUUAGUACUAAUGUAACAAAUUGCGAUGAUGUGUUGGUUGUGAUGUGUAUGCAAAUAUUGGACAAAAAGACGAGUGGUUAUAUUGUAUUCUGGUGAGUUUUAUAGGUACAGAAGUAAUUUUAGUGAAUUAUCUGUGUACAGAAAUUAUUUUACGAAUGAAACAAAUAGAUUAAGAUACAAAUUAAGUAACUGCUUCAUUGACAGUUGGAGGCUUUUGAUACAUUUUUCAACAAAAAUACGAUAAAAGCGAUUAAAAAUAUCUUUUAUUAAAAAAUUUUAUUCUUUAAAUUUAUGAUGUCUUAUCCAACCAUUUCUUGUUAUAAUAAAACAUAAUUCAAUGUG